AUGUUGAUUAACCUCAAUAUAUCAAUGGAACCAUCAAGUAUUGAUUCAAUGGGAACAAAACGCCGCAGUUCAUCGCGUACAAUAAAACGUAGAAAAUUUGAUGAUGAAUUGGUGGAGACAACUUUCAAUCUCCAACCACCAGCAUCUAGUACUAAAUCUAAUUCACGAUCACGAAGUGUCUCAGUUUCAACCACCCCGAUGGAUGUUGUACCUCAAUCACCGGUAGUGCAUACAAUCACAGUGCCAGUGAUUCUCCAGCCAGACCGCAUCAACCGACGUCCCAGCAGACAGCCAGGAACCAACACAUCAGGGAGGAAGAGCAAGAAGAAUAAAAAUCAUCCCCAUUCAGUAAACGCGACAAAGGAUUUGGGCAGAUGGAAACCAACUGACGACCUCGCACUCAUCACUGGUGUCCAGCAGACCAACGAUUUGAAAAUGGUUCACAGAGGUACUAAAUUUUCAUGUCGUUUCACUCUGCAAGAAAUUCAGCAGAGAUGGUAUGCGUUGCUUUAUGACAGCAAUGUAUCUCGAGUUGCUGUACAAGCGAUGAGAAACUUGCAUCCUGAAUUGAUAGCCAGCGUGCAAGCCCGUACUUUAUAUAGCAAAGCUGAAGAAGAUCUCCUUGGUACAGUUAAAUCGACAUCCCAGCCGAUGUUAGAAACAUUCCAGAAGCUUUUGGAGACCAAUGCUCAAGCAUUUUAUCCAGCAAGAACCGCUAAAGCUCUGAUGGCGCACUGGCAGCUAAUGAAACAGUAUCAUUUAUUGCCUGAUCAAACUAUUCAGCAGAUGUCUCGCGGUGAACAUAUUCUUAAUUUUUCUGAUGCUGAGGAUGCGCUUAAUGAUAUGGAAUUGUCUGAACAAAAAGAUGAGCUCAAUGAUUCUGAGAUGACUAUUUUUGAUCGGAAAAAUAAAAAAGAAAUUAGAGUAUUGGAAAAUGAAUUAAGUAGAUGGCAAGUACUUGUUGACAAUGUCGCGGGUACUAAUCCACCAGAUUUCGAUAAUCAGACAUUGGCCAUUCUACGUGGGAGACUUGUACGUUAUUUAAUGAGAUCCAAAGAGAUUACAGUUGGUCGGUCGACAAAAGAUCAUAACGUUGAUGUAGAUUUAUCGCUUGAAGGACCGGCUUGGAAAAUUUCACGUCGACAGGGAACUAUUCGCUUGAGAAAUAAUGGAGAUUUUUUCAUUUCUUCUGAAGGAAAACGACCUAUUUUUGUUGACAGCAGACCGAUAUUAGCUGGAAAUAAAAUGAAAUUAAAUAACAAUAGUGUUAUUGAGAUUUCUGGGCUCCGAUUCAUAUUCUUAAUAAAUCAAGAUUUAAUAUCAGUGAUACGUCAGGAAACAGCUAAAUUUAAUUAUACACAAAUGCAGUAG